AUGGCGUCUAGUAAAAGUCCAGAUAAAGGCAAAAGCAAGAGGAAAGAAGCUGAUGAUGCAUCAGGUGAUGAAGUUGAAGUACAGUUUGAACGACAACAGAACAAGAAAGGCAAACCAGAGACAGAGAGAGUCAAGCCAAAAGGAAAGAGGUCUUGGGUUUGUGAUCACUUUGACCCAAAGGAAGAUGACAAGAACUUAGGCAUUUGCAGGCAUUGUGACAAAGUGAUGCUUGUUCCAUCAAAGUCAGGCACAUCGAACAUGAAGAAGCAUCUAGAGCAGUCUUGCAAAGAUUUUCAGUUGUGGGAUGCUGCUAAUAGUUUUGCCAGCAAAGGUCGUCAGAGUAAGCUGCCAAACGAAGGUGAGGUUAGACUGUGUGCGGUUUCUGACAAGGUGGUUAGAGAAGCUACAAAUGAGUUGCUGGUUCUGGCUGAGCUUCCUUUGUCGUUUACGGAGCAUUUGGGAUGGAAACAUUUCUGCUCUAAAGUUGAAUUCCCAAAGCCAAAGUCUAGGAGAACAACUACAAGAGAUAUCGUGGAGAUGUUUGUGGAAAAGAAGGCAGCCAUGAAGAAGAUUCUUGCCGCUAAUAGUCAGAGGCUUUCAUUAACCACAGACAUUUGCAUUGCGCCACCUACUGGAGCUAGCUACAUGGUGGUUACUGCCCAUUUUAUUGAUGCUUGGUGGAAUCUGAAGAAGCUUAUCAUAGGCGUCAAGAAUGUCAUUGAUCACAAAGGCAAAACAAUUUGCAAGGUUCUUGUUGACUGCUUGGCUGAAUGGGAUAUCAAGAAGAUAUUUUGCAUCACCGUUGACAAUGCUACAGCAAACUCAUCUGCCUUGAGAAGAUUCAGGGAAGAAUUCAAGCAGCUUAAUGGAGAAGAGGCAAUGGUUCUGGAUGGAGCAUAUCUGCAUUUAAGGUGUGCUACUGAUGAUAGGAUUUUACGUGAUGUGAAGUGA